AUGGUUAUAGGCGAUUUUGCCAUUAUUGAACUGUUUGCAACUAAAUAUCCGGCGACCAAAAAGCAAGAAAACAGAGCUCGCGAAACAGCUCUUCAAAUAGCGGAAAAACAAGAAUUCAAACGUAUUGCUCAAGUACUAAAAUUCGGUCCGAAUUCGGCGAGUUCCCUGAUCACAGCUGGAAAAAAAGAUGCCACACCUAAACACAGCUAUGAAGUACUUGCAGUUGCGUGUCAGAAUGGUCAAGCAAAAAUUAUAAAAGAGUUUUGUCAAGAGCGUUACGAGUCGAGAGAAGAGAAAAGACAUCUAUGCUAUGAACUUAUUCCAAUUGCUAAAAAACAUAACCAAGAAGAAAUAGCCAACAUUCUUCAAUUCCACUACGACGAACAGUUAAAAAUGGAUAUUCCCUCGGAUAUAGAAUUGGACAAAAUAGUAACAUUAGGUGUAAACUAUAAGAAAAUGUUACAUGGACUUUUGGAUGGUCUAAGUACACUAAUUACUGGAACUUCUGUUGAUCUCGAUCCAACUGAUCCCAACACAUUUGUAGACUUAUUCUCAAAAUUGACAUCAAAAGCACGACAAAAUUCAACGGAUCUUGUGAAUGCUAACACGACAGAGAGUAUUCGCACACUGAUUAAAAAAGAUGAGAGUGAUUUAAACAAAAAAAUGAACGAAGUAGAAAAUCGAUUGAAUGAAUUGGAAAUGUAUAAUAAAACGCUCGAGGACAAUAUUCGAGAAACUGAUAAACGCUUAAGCAGUGCACAAGGUUUGCCCGCUACUGAACGAAAAAAGAUUUUUGAAGAGCGGGAAUUACAUAAGAAACAACUAGCUGUUUAUGAGUCUUCAAUACUUGUGUUUCGUCGAGAACAAGAAACCCUAUCGAACAGAACCAAAACCAUUCAGUAUAUCAAGCAAAAUCCUAAUCUAUUCUUAUUUUAUCGAACGAUUGAAAAUCGUUUACAAGCGUUGUUUACUAGUGUUCUGGCAGCUCAAGGCGGUUACCUGAAAACUCAAAGGAAUACGACAUAUAACAUAUUGGGAACAGCUUCUGAUGCAGUUUUUACAGUUUUGAACAUGGAAAAAGAAUCAAUCGGCCAAUUAUUAACAUUUCGUGAGUAA